UCAUGGGUUCGCCCACAAUGGGCAGCCUGGCGUAAAGGAAGAGGCCCGACGUAUCCAAAACAAAACAAAAUAAUGAAAACUUUCGUGCCAAUCCGAACGUGAAACAACAUUCCAAAAUGGCGCUUUAACGCCCGCACUACAUUAUACAGCGAUUUUAUUUGAAAAAUGUUUGACUAAAAAGAAAAUGGCGGACGUGUUACUUUGAAUUUAAACUAAAUGGGAAUGGUCAAAGGAAGAACGUGGUUUUCGGUACACGUGUUUCUCCAUAAUAUUUAUAAACUGCAGUUAUUUUGUCUUUUAUUGAAUAUUUCGGGAUAUUUAUGUUCAAGACUAAACCAUUCUGUAAAAGAUGACUUGUUUUUUGAAAUAACUGAACCUGAUUAUCUUAGAUAUACUUUUAAAGUAAGACCAGCCCAAAAUUUUGGAGUGCCUUUUAGAGAAAGUCUAAGGAAUGUUGGAUUAGUUCUUGCAGAACCUCAUCAUGGAUGUAGUCCACCCAUCAAUAAAUAUGAUCUGCAGAAUAAUGUUGCCUUAGUAGAAAGAGGGAGUUGUUCUUUUUUAACAAAGUGUGUACAAGCAGACAGAGUUGGAAUUCUUGCACUCGUCGUUGCGGACAACGACAUAAAAAAUGACGAUCAGUACAUAGACAUGAUUGACGACAACACGAAAAGAAACUGUAGCAUUCCCGCUGUAUUUUUAUUAGGAAAAGAUGGUUACAUGAUCAGACAAAGGUUACAAGCUCACGGACUGUCUCGUGCAAUAAUAAAUAUUCCAGUCAACAUUACGACAGUACCUCUUCAUCAGCAACGCCAUCCACCUUGGCAACUCUGGUAAAUACUCAUCGUCAAAAUCUAUAAGAUUUUCGGAAGGAGGAAAAAUGGAUAUAAUAUGUUAACUCAUAGGUUUCUUUUUAAUUUUGUAUGUUGUGUUUACGUAUGGUUAUUUUGAUAAAUGGAUAAAUGUUAUAAUAUACAUUUAUCAAAGAAAGGAGACAUAACAAAAGUACAUUACUGUUAUUUCUAUUUUGUUAGUUGUAUAUUGCUAAGUUACAGUACAUUUUAUCAGAGUAAUUUCAAAAGUUUUACUUCAUUGAUAAAAUUACAAAAAUAUUUUAAAAUGUUUAAAUUCUAUGGCAUUAUGUUAAUAGAAUAAAUUACCGUAAUUGCUUUUAUUAAGUUCUAAAGUCUGUUUUAGUAGGAAAAACUGUGAGAUAAGAGUAAGAGUAAAUGUAUUUAAAAUAUAAAUCUUACGGAUUGGUUUAACACUCACACAGACUGCAGUGUAAAAAAAA